UAUUUUCUUGCUUAUUAACAGAAAACAAAAAUAUACAAAACAAAAAUUACAGAAGAAGAAUGGGGAGUUUCCUUGAAAUUCUUUGUGCAGUUCUCAUACCUCCUCUUGGUGUAUUCCUCAGAUUUGGGUGCGGGUUGGAGUUUUGGCUCUCUUUGCUCCUGACGUUCUUUGGUUUUAUCCCUGGAAUGGUAUAUGCUAUAUGGGUUCUUACUAAAUAGAAACCAAAGAAUUUUUAUAUUUUUUUUUAUAUUUUCUUUCCAUUAAAACAAUUUAUCACAGGUUUUCAAAUUUUCGUAUUAUGUACUCAAUCAGUUGUUAUCUUUGAACU